UAACCAGACCGAACAUUAGUCUCACCCUCUUACUAAAUUAUCACUGAUUCGGCCGACACAGCACAAAACCUUGACCAUAGCGUUGCGUUCCACCUCUCUCUAGUUUCAAGUUUUGAACCCUCGCACUCUUCCAGCACUCUCUGUUCUCUUCAACGUCGAAGCACAAAAGCGCGGGCUCGUUUUUUUCUAGGGUUUCAAAUUUCAACUUCUCUCUUCCAAUUUCCAAUUCUGGAACUCAAAAGCAGCUUCAAUGGCCACCACCACAACUCCAUCUUCCACCGAUCAAGCUGUUACCACCACCAACUCCGUCGACCCCUCUCUCUGGUGGGACUCUUUCUCUCUCUUACUCACUGACCUCGAGAACUCUCCUCCCUCCUCCGACCUCCCUCCUCAUCUGGUAAAGAAGAUGAAUGCUAAUCAUGCGUGGUUUCUGGACACUGUUUCUCGUUUCAAGCCCCCAAAUGAGAAAUCAAGAGAGGUUUUGAAUUCACACCGAGUUAAUGUGGGGUCGCAUCAGUUGACUAUACAGCCUGAAUUGAAAGAUGCGGCGCUCAAAAUUAGUUUGAUUUUGGGUUUAGAUGAGGUUCAGGCAUAUAUUCUUGUCAAAAGGGUGAUUGAGCGCAAUACUCUAGCCAUUGAUCUUAUAGCUAAUGAGCUUCUUCAUUCGGUAAUGCUUCAGUACUACAUUGAGCGGCAAUGCUUAUUGAAGUGUACCCGUCAGAUUAUCAUGCAUGCAUUGUAUGUUGGAACUUCUAAAGAAGGUAGUGCGGUAAUGGAUGAGGCACAGAAGCUGAUUUCUGAUGGACUAGAAGGCCGAUUACUAUCUGUCCUCGAAAAUCUUUUGUCGUCCUGUCAUCCAGAUCACAUGGAUGUUGACCUUUUUACUUUGUGGGCUGAGGAGACACUAAUUGAGGAUAAUCUAAUCCUUGACAUUCUUUUCCUUGCUUACUAUGAGUCCUAUUGUACUUGUAAUGGCAAACAAUGGAAAAAGUUAUGCUCACUUUAUGAGGGGAUCGUAUUGGGCUCUUCUAACUUUGGGAGGCUGGCAAUAUCAACUGAAGCACUGCAAUCCAUUUAUCAUGCUAAAGUUCAGUUGCUACUUAUUCUUAUAGAAACGUUGGAUCUGGAAAAUCUUCUCCAAAUGAUCCAUGACGAAAUGCCAUUCAGGCAAGGUUCUACUGCUCUUUCUUUGAGCGACAUUCAAGAAAUAGACGCAAUAAUAUCUAGUUUCAGUGCUUUUGAAGCAAAAGAUUCAGGCCCACUAAUUCUAUCAUGGGCAGUAUUUCUUUGUCUCCUUUCAUCUCUUCCAGGAAAACAGGAAAAUAACGUGCUAAUGGACAUUGAUCAUGUUGGCUAUGUACGUCAAGCAUUUGAGGCUGCAGCUUUGAGUUAUUUUCUUGAAAUUCUUCGAAGUGACAUAUUGAAGCAUUCAGAUGGUCCUAUUGCUGGUUAUAGAAGUGUUUUGAGAACAUUUAUCUCAGCAUUUAUUGCAUCUUAUGAGAUCAGUCUUCAGUUGGAGGAUAAUACCCUUAAAUUAAUACUGGAUAUCCUUUGCAAAAUUUAUCGAAAAGAGGAGUCACUUUGUAUUCAGUUUUGGGAUAGGGACAGUUUCAUUGAUGGUCCCAUACGUUGUCUUCUUUGCAACUUAGAGGGUGAAUUCCCAUUCAGGACUAUGGAAUUUGCACGCUUAUUAUCAGCCCUCUGUGAAGGAACUUGGCCUGCAGAAUGCGUGUACAAUUUUCUUGAUAAGUCUGUUGGUAUAUCAUCUUUGUUUGAGAUAAGCAAUGAUUCCUUGAUUGAUGAAGUUUCUCAGAUUGUUGAAACCCGCCUGCCUUUGUACAUACCUGGGGUUGAAGGUUUGCUAAUUCCUAGUAAUACUCGCGGUCAUAUUUUGAAAGUGGUUGAUGGGAAUACUGCCCUUAUACGGUGGGAGUACACACAAUCUGGAGUGCUUCUGUUGCUCUUGCGUUUGGCCCAGGAGCUGUAUUUGAAUAGCACUGAGGAAGUACUUGUCACUCUAGACUUGCUUAGUCGAUUGGUAUCCUUCAACACGGUAAUCAUUUCUGGGGUGUCAGCAUGUGGUCUGACUUACUAUAGUAUAUCAUGUGUGAUUUUAUUUUUCUAUUUGUUUUUAUGUGAUGAUUCCAGUGGAUCAUGGUUACUUCCUGGAAGACUAGCAAAUAUGCUUCUGAUUGACUGUGAAAACAAUGACAGCUGCUGCCCAUUAACUCUUUCAGUACUGGACUUCACCAUGCAGCUUGUCAAGACGGGAGUAGAAAAUGAUGUCGUCUUGGCUCUUGUUGUGUUUUCCCUUCAGUAUGUUUUAGUUAAUCAUGAGUAUUGGAAGUACAAGGUGAAGCAUGCUCGCUGGAAGGUGACAUUGAAGGUGCUUGAAGUGAUGAAGGAGUGCAUUUGGUCAAUCCCCUACUGUCAGAAACUGGGUGAGGUGGUCCGCAAUAUUUUGUUUUGUGAUUCUUCAAUCCACAGUGCCCUCUUUCGAAUUGUUUGUACAACUGCACAGGCCUUAGAGAAACUCUAUGUCAGCCGUCUUUGUGAGUUGAUGGAGAUUGAAGGAUUACAGCUGUCUAUAUGUUCUGUGUUAGAUAUUCUCUUCAGCAUGCUUACUGAUCUUUCUCAGACGAUACAAGUGGGAGCUGCAAAAGUACUGUCUAUUUUGUUUGUUCUCGCAGAUUGUUCACAACCAUAUGUGUUUGGGAAUGCAUGUUUUGGUCUGGAUGAAAAGAAGAUUACAUAUCUUAGGCAUUGUCUUAAUAGCAUUCUGUGUGACCAGUCUCCAUCAAAUGAAGAUCUCUCUGUUGCUACAUUUAAACUGCUCACUUCAGCAGCACAUUACCAGCCUGCUUUUAUUGUUGCUGUAAUUGCUGCCAAGGAAAAUGCAGAUGUCAAAUUAAGUGAUGCCACUGGUGUGAAGCAAUCAAAUGAAGCUACUGUUGGGUCAUUGGGCUCCUCAGAUGCAAAUCUUUUGGUUGCAGUUCUGCAAUAUGUUGGGCAAUCCACUGAUCUUGUCAAAAGCAAUCCGUGUGUACUGUUGAAUGUGCUAAAUUUCCUCAAGGCAUUGUGGCAAGGAGCUGCCCGGUUUAUGAAUAUUUUGGACUGGUUGAGAAACUCAAAAAAUUUCUGGAAACAAUUGUCCAACUCUAUUCUGCAAGAUGCUAGUAUGGAAGGUAGUCUGUCUGAAAAUCUAAAUGAAAGGGAGUUUCUAAACAUAGCAUACAGGCAUCAAUGUCAAUCUGCUGUUCUGCAAAUAAUGGCUUAUGAGACGUUCCUGCAGAAGAAGUUAUUACGCGCAGAGUUGCUUGUAAAACAAACUAAUGAAUCAUUGAAUGAUAGAAAAGAGAAAGCAGUUGAAACUGAAAAACCAAAAGAUGCAAGUUUUCUUGGUCUCAAGGAUAUUUUGUCAACCUUGCGUGAAGGCUUAGUUUUGGCCAACCUGAUCAAGUCAUAUGCAUCAUGUGAAUAUGAUAAUGACAUAUAUCUUCGUGCAAAGAUUGCUGCUGGUUUAUUGUCUGUGCAUGUGAUGGAGAAACUAAAAAAUGGUGAUACAGGGAGUUUGUCUGUCUCUUUAAUUGAGAAGAUUCACGUCUUGUUGAAAAAGUUGAGUGAGCUGCCUGCUUUUUUGGAAUUGGUAGCUCAAUAUACACAGCAUGGUUACAGUGAAGGAAAAGAGUUGCACGGAUUAAUACUUAGUGAUCUGUACUAUCAUCUACAUGGAGAGCUUGAUGGUCGUAAGAUUGAUCCUGGACCGUUCAAAGAGCUCUGCCAGUAUCUGGUCAAGUCAAAAUUUUUGCAAAUGUAUCGGCAUAAGUACAAUGGAGACCUUUUUGCACAUGCCAAGGAUGUCUACUUGUUUGACUCUUUACGUUUCCGAGCAGAUUUGGGAAUUGAUUUGUGGGAUUAUUCCGAGUGGAAAGCAUCCAAGGCAGUAGCAGAAACAAUGUUGCUCUGUUUGCAGGAUGCGAAUUCAAUGGUUUUGCUUGCAAGUUCUAAGCUUUCUGCAUUAAAAUCAUUGAUAACUAUCUUAUCCAUGAAUGAGGAAGAUUUGAGUGAGAAGAAGGCAAUAAAUGAUCGUGAGAUUCCACAGCAACUAAUUCUCUCAUGCAUAGAUCAAGUAUGUCAGUGUCUCCAAGCCACUAUAGAAUCAUUAGUUCCACUUCCCGAUGCUUCUGAAGAUAUCCUUGAUUUCAUUGUAGCUCAAGCGGAACUGCUACUCCACCUUAUUAGAUAUGUACAGAAUAACCUGUCCUUGUCUUCUUGUGUACUUGUCUUAAAAACUUCUGGUUCUGUCCUUAAAGUGUUGAAUGACUUCAGGCCAUUGGUUUUGGGUGUUAAAGAUGCAAUGAAGCUUUUACUUAUGUUGCUUCUCUUAUCUGUUAAGUCAAGUCACAAAAAUUCAAAUUUUGGUGGGGCAAUGAAGAUGGAAUCUAUUGAAGCCAUUGCCGAGGCAUCGAAUGCGAGUUUGGGCCUACUACCCCUUCUUUGCAACUGCAUGGCCUGUGAACAUUGCACCCUCUCUCUGACUAUUAUUGAUUUAAUUCUGAAAGGUUUCUUGAUGCCUAAUACAUGGUUCCCCAUCACACAGAAACAUCUCCAAUUGCAACAUCUUGUUCUGAAGCUUCAAGACAACAAUUCUCGUACUUCCAUCUCCAUAAUAUUGAAGUUUCUUCUUACUCUUGCACGAGUUAGAGAGGGUGCCGAGAUGCUUUUCGCUGCUGGUUUUCUUCCUUCUCUGAGAGUGUUGUUUGCUGACUUAUCAGAAGGAAACUCUUUUUCAGCGAUUCAAAGUGAAAUGAACGUUGUUAACUCAUCUGACAAAAUUGAAAAGCCCCAGGACAUAUGGGGACUUGGCUUGGCUGUAGUCACUGCAAUGAUUCAAUCUUUGGGAGACAGUUCUUCAUGUGCUGAUAUUGUGGACUAUGUGAUCGUUUACUUCUUAUCAGAGAAAGCUUAUCUUAUUUCUUACUAUCUUAGUGCACCAGAGUUUCCAUCUGAUGAUUGUGACAAGAAAAGGGCUCGGUCUCAGAAAAUACCAACUUCUCUAAGUGCUCUUAAAGAAACAGAACAUACACUGAUGUUAAUCUGUGUUCUAGCAAAACAUCGGAAUUCAUGGAUGAAGGCCAUGAAAGAAAUGGAUUCACACUUGAGGGAAAGAAGUAUUCAUUUAUUGGCAUUCAUUAGCAGGGGAACACAACGCCUCGGCGAAUCUCAUAGCGGAGCUGCACCUCUCUUGUGUCACCCUGUUCUGAAGGAGGAGUUUAAUUGGUACAAGAAGCCAUCGUUGGUUGACAGCAGAAGCGGAUGGUUUGCUCUAUCUCCUCUUGGAUGUGGGUUAAAUCCUAGGUUUUCGGCUGUAUCAUCUAAAACAACUGCUCUAGUAGUCAAGGAUCAAGGAACUGAAACUACUGAUCCGGCUUCUCAUACAUAUUUCUCAGACACCAUUGCAACACAAAUAUAUCGUAUUGCAUUUCUUCUUUUGAAAUUUCUGUGUCUACAAGCUGAAGGUGCAAUUAAAAGGGCAGAGGAGGUGGGGUUUGUUGAUCUUGCUCACUUUCCUGAGCUUCCAAUGCCUGAGAUCUUACAUGGAUUGCAGGAUCAAGGGAUUGCAAUUGUCACUGAAUUGUGUGGAGCCAACAAGUUGAAGCAGGUACCGUCUCAAAUUCAGGGGGUGUGUAUCUUACUGCUACAAAUUACGGAGAUGGCCCUAUACUUGGAAUUUUGUGUUUCACAAAUUUGUGGGAUAAGACCUGCGUUAGGACAUGUUGAAGAUUUUUCAAAGGAACUAAAAUUCUUGAUGAAAGCGACGGAGGGGCAUGCAUUUUUGAAAGGGUCAGUGAAGUCCUUAAAUCACAUAAUAUCAUUUGUCUAUCCUGGAUUAUUGCAAACCGAAGGCUUCAUGUAAGAUAAUUAUUUAGAUUAAAAUGUAUAUUAAGGGUAGAAGGUUUAGAUGUUAAUUCCAGCUGUGACAUGUUCUCUUGGCCAUUCUUGGAUGUUAUCUUAAAAUGACAAACUUUGUUUUUGGCAACGAAAUAUUCUUGGGUAUCAAAUUUGUGGCCAUACAUGGUUAAUGUAAUGUAUACUUCAAUGAUCUUUCCUCU